AUGGGUGCGCUUCUCUCCCUCCCGCUCAUGGCGGUGCCUAGCGUGACUACGCUACUCUCGUUUGGCGCCAGCUGCUGCGGAGCGGCAACAUGCUCCAUGGUUUGCAGCGCAUGCGGCAAGUGCGGCAACAGUGUCGCGACCCGCAUCGCCUACGCCCUUAUACUCCUAGUCAACUCGAUCGUCGCUUGGAUCAUGCUCACGCCGUGGGCUAUUGAGAAGCUGCAGCACCUCAUGCUCGACUACGUCAAGAUCAACUGUCCCAACGGCGAAUGCUACGGCUGGCUCGCCGUGCACCGCAUCAACUUUGCCCUCGGCAUGUUCCAUCUCAUACUCGCCGGCCUGCUCUUUGGCGUUGCCUCCUCCAAGGAGCCCCGCGCGGCCAUUCAAAACGGCUAUUGGGGCCCCAAGGUCAUUGCCUGGGUUGCCUUUGUCGUCAUGUCGUUUCUCAUCCCCGACGAGUUCUUCAUGUUCUGGGGCAACUAUAUUGCGCUCAUCGGUGCCAUGCUGUUCCUACUUCUCGGUCUUAUCCUUCUCGUGGACCUCGCGCACGGCUGGGCCGAGUACUGCCUUGCGCAAAUCGAAGACACCGACUCGCGGCUAUGGCGCACCGUCCUCAUCGGCUCCACGCUCGGCAUGUACGCCGCCUCCCUUGCCAUGACCAUUGUGCAGUACAUCUUCUUUGCCGGGUCGGGCUGCUCCAUGAACCAGGCCGUCAUCACCAUCAACCUCCUCCUAUGGCUCAUCAUCUCCGCCAUUUCGGUCAACCCCACAAUCCAGGAGCACAACCCCAAGGCUGGCCUCGCGCAGGCCGCCAUGGUCGCUGUCUACUGCACCUACCUCACCAUGUCUGCCGUCUCCAUGGAGCCUGACGACAAGCAGUGCAAUCCGCUUCUCCGCGGCCAGGCAACGCGCCGCACUUCGGUCGUUCUCGGCGCCAUCGUCACCAUGCUCACCAUUGCCUAUACGACGACCCGCGCUGCCACUCAGAACUUCGGUCUUGGUGGCGGCAACAGUAUCCGCCUGCCUGACGAUGACGAGCACGACCUCGUCACCCAGCAGCCCGGCAGCCGACGCGAGAUGCGCGCCGAGGCCCUUCGCCGCGCGGUCGAGGAAGGCAGCCUACCCGCCGACGCUCUGCUCUCCGACGACGACGACGGUGAGCACGCCAACGCCGCGCACGACGACGAGCGCUCCCGCACUCAGUACAACUAUUCCAUGUUCCACGUCAUCUUCUUCCUCGCCACCACCUGGGUCUCGUUGCUCCUCACCAUCAGCCACGAGACGGCCGUCGAGCCCAAUAGCGACUUUGCCAGCGUCGGGCGCACCUACGCCGCUAGCUGGAUCAAGAUUGUGAGCGCCUGGCUGUGCCACGGUAUCUAUAUUUGGAGCCUGGUCGCGCCCGUGGUUCUUCCGGAGCGUUUCGACUUUUCUUAG